AUGGCUCAGUUGGGAUGGCUCAUUGGCCUAACCAUUAUCUUUGCCUUCGCCGGCGUCAACCUCUACACUACCAACCUCCUCGCCGACUCCUACCGAUCACCUGAUCCCGUCACCGACAAGAGGAAUUACUCUUACAUGGAGACUGUCAAAAACAUUCUUAGGCGGGAAACAAUAUUGUUUCUCUGGGAUCGUUCAUUUUGUCCCAAAUCCUCAAUUUCCACAAGCUCUCUUGGCUCUCUCUCUAUCAUUGCAGCUGUAACGUCUGUUGGGUAUGCAUCUAUCAGUGUAGGCCUCUCUCUUGCGACCAUCAUUCAAGUUGAAUAUAUUAUCUGUUACCUUAAGGUUUGUGGCACGAAACAGGACACUUUGAAGUCAUCACCACCAGAAAAUGAAACGAUGAAGGCGGCAAACAGGAAUGGGAUAGACACAAUGACAAUCAUGUUCCUCCUGUAUGCAUGCUCUGGACGCGCUGCGUUUGGGCCACACACUCCUGGCAGCAUCCUCAUGGCCUCUGGAUUUCACGAGCCCUUCUGGCUAGUCGACUUGGCCAACGUCUUGAUCGUGGUCCAUCUGGCCGGAGUAUAUCAGGUAAUCACCCCACCCAUUUUCCGAGUGGUGGAAACCAUGGCUGGGCAGAAAUGGCCUAACUCAGGGUUUGUGACGAAGGAAUACAGGGUGGACAUCGGGAAAAAGAAGUUGAGCAUGAACAUGUUGAGGCUGGUUUGGAGGAUCACAUUUGUGGUGGUGCUGACAGUACUAGGCAUGGCAAUGCCAUUUUUCAAUGACAUGCUUGCAGUUCCUGGAGCCAUUGGGUUCUGGCCCUCCGUCAUCUAUUUUCCAAUGAAGAUGACCAUUGCCAGACAGAAAAUUCAGCAACGAUCCCUCAAGUGGUUUGGACUUCAAACACUCGACUUAUUUUGCUUCCUUGUGUCAUUGGCUGCAGCAAGUGCCGCUAUUCAUGGAAUAAAUCAAGCUCUGGGCAGAUUCAAACCAUUUAUGCACAAGGAGUGGUUUGCUUGCGUUUCUGACUACGUCUGAGAUUAAAAGAAGGGAGAGACUUCAACAUAUUUCUGACUAUUUUAUGUGUGUGUGUGUGUGUGUGUGUAUAGAGGGAGAAUGAAAAUAAUCUGCUGUUCAACUUGAACACAAAAUGCAUGCAGGAAAAAGAAAAUGAGCUAGAUUCAUGCUCGAGACGUAAAUCUUGAAGCAGCAAACCGGUGAAGCUCCGUUUUGUUGUACAUUGACGCGAGGUAAAGGCACCGAUUAAUGAA